AUGGCCCAAGUCAACACUCUGGCUGUGAGCCUUCACCAACUGGCCAAAAUGAUCGACCACUCCCUCCUUCACCCAACAGUGACAGACGGGGACGUCAUCGCCGGCCUCAGAGUUGCCAAGGAAUACAAUGUCGCGACAGCUUGUGUGAAGCCUUACCAUAUCCAACUAGCCAAGCAAGAGCUCCAAGACACAGACGUGGAGAUAUGUGCUGUCAUCGGCUUCCCGCACGGUAACAGCACCACGGAAAUCAAGGUGCAGGAAGCCACUGCCGCAGUCGAAGCCGGUAGUCAUGAGAUUGACAUGGUCGUUAACAUCGGCAAAGUCCUCGGUGGUGACUGGGGAUAUGUCUCCCAGGAAAUCGAGCAGAUCAACACCGCAGUCGUGCAAAAGGGCGCUAUCCUCAAGGUCAUUUUCGAAACCGAUUACCUCAAGCCUGAGCAUAUUGUACAUCUUUGUAAGAUCUGCACCGAGUCAAGUGUUGCUUUUGUCAAGACUUCUACCGGGUACGGCUUCGUCAAGCAGGCUGAUGGUUCCUACAACUACAAAGGGGCGACUGUGAAGCAUCUCAGGUUAAUGCGUCAGUAUUCCGGCCCCGAUGUUCAAAUUAAAGCUGCUGGGGGUGUGAGGACUCUUGAUGAUUUGCUUCAUGUCAUGAGUCUUGGCGUGACUCGAAUUGGGGCUACUGCCACUGUUGCGAUCAUCGAGGAUGCAAAGAAACGGGGGAUCGGUAUGGAUCGGAUCGAAGUUGAAUUCAAGCCAAUGAAGGAGGAUAGUCACCGAUAG